AUGUGUUUAUUCUGGGAUCACAGCGUGUGAGCGGCUCGUAAAUAUUCAUAUCCCAUCAUCUCAUGCGCACGGCUCCGGCUUUCUCUGUCAACAGUGUAUGAUCUGCUCACCUCGCCCGACUGCCUGCCGGACCUGCUGCAGGGCGGUCUGGCCGAGCAAGGCGUCAACGAGGCUUUCAUCCUCACCACCUUCAAGCUGCAGCCCAAGACGGGAACCACCCUGUUCAGCCUGUACAACCCGCAGGACAACAGCAAGUACUUUGAGUUCACCGUGAUGGGGAAGCUGAACAGAGCCGUGUUACGAUACCUGCGCACCGACAGGAGGACGAGCUCGGUUACCUUCAACAACCUGGUGCUGGCGGACGGCCAGCAGCACCGCCUGCUGUUCCACCUGAAGGGGCUGCAGCAGCAGGGCCCGGGCGGGCUGGAGCUGCACCUGGACUGCCGGCUGGUGGAGACGGUCCGGGACCUGCCCGCGGCCUUCCAGGGUCUGCCGGCCGGAUACGGCACCGUGGAGCUGAAGACCAUGCAGGCCAGAGACCUGGAGAGUGUGGACGAGCUGAAGCUGGCGGUCGGAGACUCCUUUGAGAACGUCGCUUCUUUACAAAACUGCCACUUCCAGCAAAGGGACUCGGUUCAGACUCUGGGGGUCAACACCAAGCAGCUGUCCAAUCAAAUGCUGGAGUUAACCAAGGUGAUAAACGAGCUGAAAGACGUCCUCAUUCAGCAGGUCAAAGAAACCUCCUUUCUCAGGAACACCAUCUCGGAGUGCCAGGCCUGCGGUCUGGUUGGAACCGAGGUCAAGCCCAGGUGUGCCCCGGGGGUGUGUUUCCGUGAGGACAUGUGCACAGAGACGGUGGACGGCGUGGAGUGCGGGCCCUGUCCCGACGGAUACACCGGAGACGGCUCAACCUGCGACGACGUGGACGAGUGCCAGUUCAACCCCUGCUUCCCCGGGGUGAAGUGUGUGAACACGGCGCCGGGCUUCCGCUGCGACGCCUGCCCGCUGGGCUUCACCGGCCUGCCCGUCCAGGGCGUCGGCAUCCUGUUCGCACAGAACAACAAACAGGUCUGCGAUGACAUUGACGAAUGCAAAGGACCCAACAAUGGAGGCUGUGCCGCCAACUCAAUCUGCCACAACUCCGUGGGCUCCUACCACUGCGGCACCUGCAAGACGGGCUUCACCGGAGACCAGGUGAAAGGCUGCAAGCCCGAGAUCAGCUGUGGGAACAGUCUGACCAACCCCUGCGACGUCAACGCCCAGUGUAACCUGGAGCGAGACGGCUCCAUCACCUGUCAGUGUGGCAUCGGCUGGGCCGGGAAUGGAUACCUCUGCGGGAAAGACACCGACAUCGAUGGAUACCCUGACGAUAAACUCAAAUGCAAAGAUGCAAACUGUAAAAAGGAUAACUGCGUCUAUGUUCCAAAUUCUGGCCAAGAGGACGCAGACAGGGACGGACAGGGAGACGCCUGUGACGACGAUGCUGAUGGGGACGGUAUUCCAAAUGAGCAGGAUAACUGCUGGUUGAAGGCCAACUUGGACCAGAGGAACAGCGAUAAGGACAGCCACGGAGACGCCUGCGACAACUGCCGCAUGGUGGAGAACGCCGACCAGAGGGACACCGACGGCGACGGCAAAGGGGACGCCUGCGAUGACGACAUGGACGGAGACGGUCUGAAGAACUUCUUGGACAACUGUCAGAGAGUGCAGAACCAAGACCAGCGGGACCGCGACGGGGACGGAGUGGGAGACGCGUGUGACAGCUGCCCUGACAUCCCCAACCCCAACCAGUCUGAUGUCGAUAACGACCUGGUUGGAGACUCCUGUGACACAAACCAGGACAGCGACGGCGACGGCCACCAGGACACCAAGGACAACUGUCCCUACGUGAUCAACAGUUCUCAGCUGGACUCUGACAAAGACGGACUGGGCGAUGAGUGUGACGACGACGACGACAAUGACGGGAUCCCAGACACCAAGCCCCCGGGGCCGGACAACUGCCGGCUGGUGCCAAACCCUGACCAGACCGACGACUCAGGUGAUGGCGUUGGAGAUGUGUGCGAAUCGGACUUUGACCAGGACAAAGUGAUCGACAGAAUCGACAGCUGUCCCGAAAACGCUGAGAUUACCCUGACUGACUUCAGGGCCUUUCAGACGGUGGUGCUGGACCCCGAAGGCGACGCACAGAUCGACCCAAACUGGGUCGUUUUGAAUCAGGGAAUGGAAAUAGUUCAGACCAUGAACAGCGACCCUGGACUUGCUGUUGGCUACACCGCCUUCAGCGGGGUGGACUUCGAGGGGACGUUUCACGUGAACACAGUCACUGAUGACGACUACGCCGGCUUCAUCUUCGGCUACCAGGACUCGUCCUCCUUCUACGUGGUGAUGUGGAAGCAGACCGAACAGACGUACUGGCAGGCGACGCCCUUCCGAGCCGUGGCCGAGCCGGGGAUCCAGCUGAAGGCUGUGAAGUCUAAGUCUGGCCCCGGGGAGCACCUGAGAAACUCACUGUGGCACACAGGAGACACCAACGACCAGGUGCGCCUGCUGUGGAAGGACCCCAGAAACGUGGGCUGGAAGGACAAAGUGUCCUACCGCUGGUACCUGCAGCACCGCCCACAGGUCGGAUACAUCCGGGCUCGUUUCUAUGAAGGGAGCGAGCUGGUGGCAGAUUCCGGUGUGACAAUCGACACGACCAUGAGAGGAGGCCGGCUGGGCGUCUUCUGCUUCUCCCAGGAAAACAUCAUCUGGUCCAAUCUGAGAUACCGCUGCAAUGACACCAUCCCAGAGGAUUUCCAGGAGUUCAGCACACACGGCGUCGACUCGCUCUAAAGUCCUCAGCACGCCUGCAGAUCUACAAAGAGACGUGUGUGUGGGUGUGUAGUGUGCCUGGAAGAGUGUAUGUGUGUGUUGUUUAGUGUGCAUCUGCGUACUGAUGUGUACAUUUAUUCUGGACAUAUAUGAACACAACUGUUGUACUGUAGUGAAACGUAUGUGCAUAUUAUCGAUUCUCUGUCCUGUUGAUGGUAAACUGUCAUGCUAAAGGAGCAGCAGUUAAAGCAACAUGAGAACGUUCAGAAGCUGAUUUUAAUACUGAAAGGUUGUAUUCAAGCACAAAUUGUACUCCAUUACAAGUUAAAGUACUGUCUUUGAAAAAUACUCGUGUAAGUCUCAGUUCCUUUGCCGAGUUUCUUCUUCAAUGAAAUGUCAAAAUCUGUCAUUUGAUCGACAAACAAUAAAGUACUUCUAUCU